AUGACUGCUUUCCAAACCAUUCAAAUCAAUACCCCUCCACCUUACUUAUCUUUAUCAAAGGAUGAACAUUUACCAACAAUUUUAACCAUCGCAGGAUCAGAUUCUAGUGGUGGUGCCGGUAUCGAAGCUGAUUUAAAGACCAUCUCAGCUCAUAGAUGUUACGGUAUGACAUGUAUGACUGCUUUAACUAUUCAAACUCCUGUAAAAGUAUUUGGAAUCCAUUUGACUCCAAAAGAUGUGCUUAAACAAAUCAUUGAUGUUAAUUUAAGAGAUAUGAGAUGUAAUGUUAUCAAGACUGGGAUGUUAACUUUAGAUGCUAUCGAUGUAUUAGCUGAGAAAUUGAAUAGUAUGGACCCAAAGGAAAAACCAUUAUUAGUGGUUGAUCCUGUGCUCGUUGCGACUUCGGGAUCCACUCUUGCUGGUGAUGAAUUGGUUCAAUUGAUUAAAGAAAAAAUUACUCCAUUGGCAAAUGUUUUGACUCCAAAUAUUCCAGAAUGUUUCAAAUUGAUCGGUGAAAACGUUAAGAUUGAAUCAUUAGAUGAUGUUCGUCAAUUGGCAGAACGUGUUUCUGACGUGACUAAAUGUUCCAAUGUUUUGGUGAAAGGUGGUCAUAUUCCAUGGGAUAAAAAUGGAUCUGAAAAAUAUAUUACUGAUGUUUUAUUAAUGAGAGAUGAACAAAAAUUUGUUGUGUUUAAAGGUCAUUUUGUUGAUACUACCAAUACUCAUGGUACAGGAUGUACAUUAGCUUCUGCUAUUGCAUCUAACCUUGCCCGCGGGUAUUCACUUUGUCAAUCCGUUUAUGGUGGUAUUGAAUAUGUUCAAAAUGCUGUCACAAUUGGUUGCCAAGUUACCAAGAGUCAUGUUAAAGAGAAUGGUCCAAUUAAUCAUGUUUAUGCUGUUGAGAUUCCAAUGGAAAAAAUGAUUACAGAUGAUUGUUUUACUGCGCAUGAUAUCGUACCAACUAUAUCUAAUGAUACUGAAUUAUUGUCCAAAAAGAUUGGUAAUGAUUUCUUCACAUACUUAAUCAACCAUCCAUUUGUGAAACCGCAUUGGCAGAGUUAUAUUAAUCAUGAAUUUGUUAAGAAGAUUGCAGAUGGUUCAUUAGAUCGUCGCAAAUUCCAAUUUUUCGUUGAACAAGAUUAUUCAUAUUUAAUUGAUUAUGCAAGAGUUCAUUGCGUAGCUGGUAGUAAAGCACCCACUUUGGAAGAUAUGGAAAAGGAAUUAGAAAUUGUUGGUGGUGUCAAACAAGAAAUGGAUCAUCAUGAAAAAAGAUUAAGAGAAGAUUUCGGUGUGAAGGAUGAUGAGUAUUUCGCUAAUAUUACCAGAGGACCAGCCUUGAAAGCCUAUUCGAGAUAUUUUAAUGAUAUUUCAAGGAGAGGGAACUGGCAAGAAUUGGUUGCCGCUUUGACUCCCUGUUUGAUGGGGUACGGGUAUGCAUUAUAUACAUUUGAAAAACAAAUCACUGUGACGAACGAAUCAAUGCCAUUGUAUCAUGGAUGGUUAGAAGUGUAUUCUUCUGCAUGGUAUCGUGAAGCUAUGGCUAAAGGUAAAGUAUUAUUGAAUAAUAUUUCAAUGACCUACCCACAAGAACAAUUAGAUACAUUAGUGACAAUCUUUGGUGAAGUUUGUGAACUAGAAACCAAGUUUUGGGAUGCUGCAUUAGAGUAUUAA